UCAUCCCUUACCAUUUUCCAUCAUUAAUUUUUUUCAAAAGUUCCAUUGUUCUUAUUCCCCAUCACCAUUCCUAUAAAUAGCUCAAUCAACUAACUCAGACAUAUUUGUAUUCACAUCAAGAACACUAGCAAGUUAUUAAAUUUUAUUUUUGUGAAAAUGGUGCAAACUAAGGAUGCAACUGUUGCUGUAGCUUCUGCUUUUUCUGGCCACAAGCAAGCUAUAAAGGAUAGAGACCACAAAUUUUUAAAAAAGGCAGUUGAAGAAGCAUAUAAAGGUGUAGAUUGUGAAGAUGGAGGUCCUUUUGGUGCUGUUAUUGUUUUGAAUGAUGAAGUUGUGGCUAGUUGUCACAAUAUGGUUCUCAGAAACAAUGACCCUACUGCUCAUGCUGAAGUCACUGCAAUAAGAGAGGCUUGUAAGAAACUGAAGCAGAUAGAACUUUCUGAUUGUGAAAUAUAUGCUUCUUGUGAGCCAUGUCCAAUGUGCUUUGGUGCUAUUCACCUUUCACGUGUUAAGAGGUUGGUUUAUGGAGCAAAAGCAGAGGCAGCAAUUGCGAUUGGUUUUGAUGAUUUUAUAGCUGAUGCAUUGCGAGGAACUGGAUUUUAUCAAAAAGCACAUUUGGAAAUUAAAAGAGCUGAUGGCAAAGAGGCCAUUAUUGCUGAAGAAGUGUUUGAGAAAACUAAGGAAAAAUUUCGAAUGUAUUAAUUGAAUAUGUAAUUUUUCUGUGUCAUUUUUAAUCAACUGAUGAUAAUUAGCUUUGUAUAUAAAUAAGCUCCUUACCAUCAUGUGUAUGAGAAGUAUCUUAUGUGGAAAAUUAGUGUAGUUUAUGUACUAGAAGAAAACUUGUUUGAAUCCAUGUAUUGCUGUUUUAUCUAUUAAGAUUUUCCCCAUUUUGGUCUUUUACUAUCUCC